AUGUGCCCAUUGCUGCAACUUGAAGUGCUUUUCGUACGCAUGAUGAACCCGGAGAUUUUGAAGGCAGUCUAUCUGUCAGGAGUUUGGCCUUUCGGCGCAAUGACAGUGCAGAAAUGCGAACGCCGAAUGGUGUACAAGUUCCAGGGCUGCAAGCAUGUGGAUCACGUGACCGCAUCGAUCAAUCCCUUGCACGACACCACCUUGGACUUCCACAUGCGAUAUCCCUCGAUUCCGACCAUCUUACGCGCCUUCCAUACAGUCACUAACACGACAGUCUCGUUUGCUCGCUUGCGCAACACCAACAACCUCGGCCAUACACUCCACAGCCUUCCCCAGCGCGCAAUCAUCUAUCGCUCCAUGCCCAGCAUCCCUUUUCUCGGCUCCUUGUUCGGAUCGUCCAGCAACAUGGCAGAUGCUAAGAACUACGAGGUUUCCAAGACAGACGGAGAAUGGCAGGCUGUACUGAGUCCUGAGCAAUUCAGAAUACUCCGCCAGAAAGGUACCGAAGCCCCAGGCACUGGAAAAUACGACAAACAUUAUCCCGACAAGGGUGUCUACAAAUGCAGUGGAUGCGAGGCGCCACUGUACAAGGCCAGCACCAAGUUUGACUCGCACUGCGGUUGGCCUGCGUUCUGGGACGCCAUUCCGGGUGCAGUAGGCCAGAAGCCUGACCCAGGACUUGGUAUGAUGAGGACCGAGAUUGUAUGUAAUCAGUGCGGGGGACAUUUAGGCCAUAUCUUCAAAGGAGAGAAGUUCAACAACCCCAAGGAUGAGAGGCAUUGCGUGAAUAGCAUCAGUCUCAGAUUUGACGAGCAAAACGAAGGCUAG